GAACGUGCAUUGUUUACAUUAUCGAUUUGUGUAGAUUUAAAUACCAAAGUCAAACAGCAAAGCUGACGACGACAUAUAUUGCUACACAUCGUCAUCGACGUUUACGAGUAUCCACAAUUAUAGUCUCUGAAAUUGAGUUUCUAAAUUGACAUGGCAUCUAGAGCAAGAGGACUAAAUGAAGAUGGAGGGUUUGUGAAGUGGGAUUGGAACAAGAACAAGUAUAUCUGGGUCUCUAAAGAUGAAAUCAAUAAGCCAUCCAAGCCAGGUCAUUCAAAGUAUGCAUGGAAAGAUGGCAACAAAGUUGCAGCCAGACGACCUUCAUUCAAAGUUCCUGUGAAGAAGGCUUGCAGACAACCUUUGCAGGUAGCCAACAAACAUGGCAAGAUGAAGACACCAUCACCCAAGAAGCCUUCAAGAAGACCUGUCCAUCAUAAGGCUGACUUCAUAGUCCCUGGCUACGAUCAUGGCUACGAUGAUGGUUACGAUGAGGUGGAUGAAAAGGAGAACUAUCCUCGUAAUGAGAAAUACAAUGCUAGAGAAGGAAAGAUUCCACCACCUCCAGAAUUGCACUCUGGUCACACCACCAUCCUAUCCGUCAUGUCCAAUCGAUUGAUUCAUGUCAAUGCUGCAUUAACCUUUUGGCGUCAAGGACCGAAUGAAUAUAUCUCCUAUGUGAUAAGGACUGAAGAUGAUGCUGCUACAGUAGAUACUCUACCUGCACUAGUCAAUUGUUUCAAGAACAAGACACCAGUCAGUAAACAGCUAUCUCUAGGAGCUUGUUUUGAAUUACUGCCUACUCUCAAGAAACUUCUAAGCAGCAAGUUUGAAGACUAUGUUAAGACCAGUCUGGAUACGCUUCGUACAAUGCUCAGAUUCUGGUGGAAUGAUUUGAUAGCUCACAGAAAUCAAAGUUUCUCUGGUGAUCUACAACAAAGCAGGAGUGUUGCUGGUAUCUACAUGAGUGCUAUAGCUAUGACUGAUAUCAUUACCAAACUAUGCAAGAGGAAAGAUGGUAUAGCAAAGAAAGCAGAGAUUGUUGGAACGCUCUUAGCCCAGCUCUAGAUGCCAUUUACUUCAUUUACAUGAGUGCUGUGGAAUUAAUGUAUUUAGUUUAUAUGAUUUAGGGUUUGAUUCCAUUUGUAAUUUUUAUAUUUUGCUAAUUGUUUUGGAAGUCGAAGCAUGCAUUUGCAAACAUGUAUCUGUUUCACCAAAUUUUUGAUAGAACCAUGAAUGUUUUUUUUUUAAGGCAAUGACAAUCACAUUUCUAUUGCUUUUGUGGUAUUCUUAGUUGCUCACAAAUGGGGAUGGAACUAAACAAUUUUUAUUUUGAGGAAUCUGACAGCCUCUUUCAUGGCUCAGGGGGGGGGGGGGGGGUCCUUGAAAUUUUUAUUUUUGUUUCUAGCGAUGUCUGUUAAUGGUAUGUAUUAUAGAUUGUACAUGUACCUUCAUAAACAAAUACUUUUUCAUGUUUUAAUUGAGAAUUUUAUUGAUUUUUGUUAGUGAAUACUCAAAUUUGAUAAAGCUAUUUAUUACUGCCUCAUCUUUAAUGUAUGUACUGUAUAUGCUUAGCUCGGAAUACAGUUGAAUAGCAAUUUUUUACUUUUCUUUGAAGACGUUCUUUCUAAAAUUGAGGAUGUUAUUUAAAUCAAUAAUCUUAUAUCACGAGUGCUAAUCUGUAUACAUGUAGCUGCAUUGUUAAAAAAAGUCCGUCCAUUUUACCACAAAAGUACUUAUAAAAGCAGUUGAAAGUGCCUCCGUCCAUUUGAGAGUUUGUAACAGUGCCUGUAUAUAAAAGUACAUUAUAUAAACAUAUGAAGUUGUUUUUUAAAGUUAUAGUAUGAAUUUUAUUCAGUGAAUGAUGGAUUUUUGAUAGUAACAAUAUCAUGAAACUAAUGAAAUUGUUUAUUAUAAAGAUCAACUGUGCUAGUGGUACUUUUAGAUUGUAUUGAAACUAUUCCCGAAAAUAGAAUUGAUGUGGCCUACGUAGUCUCAGCUUCAUUAUAAAUGUAUAUGUACUGCCAAAUCAAACAUGAUUAUAUGCUAAUGGUAAAACAAUCUGGGAUCAUAUAUGUAUCCUACCAGAUGGUUCGAAUCUUUAUAUUCAUCCUUGAUACAUGACAGUAUUAACUAUUGACUUACAUGUAAUGUUUUAGAUGGCAUUUAGCCUUUGAUAGGGCUUGCAUAAGAGAGAAAUGACGGACAUAUGCCUCAAGUAAGCAUCAGUGGCGGAUCCAGGGGGGGGGGGCCCAGGCCCCCCCCCCCCCCCCCCC